GCGUCGUUGAGGGCUCUGCACGCAAGCACGCGCCGAGAAGAACAAAGGGGGUAAAGUGGCAAAGCCCUCCCCCUCGAGGCGGAGACGCCGAGCGCACCGCCGCGCCACGCCGUGGUCCAAUUGGCCGCGCCGGCGCAGAGCGAGCGGCGCCGUCGAUCGUUGGAGGAGCGAGACGGGAGGAGAGGGCUUCCUUUCGGCCCCUAGGCGGAUGAGAUGCCGCUGCGCCGGAAGGUGAGGCCCGCGGGCGCGGCGGCGCGGCGGGCGGCGCUGCGGUGGUGGCUGCUGUCGCUCGCCGCCACGGGCGCCGCCGUCACCGCCGCGGCCGCGCUGCUCGCCGUCGCCCUCCACCUCUCCGGCUCCCCGGCCGACUCCGCGUCCUCCUCCUCCGCCGGCGCGCCCUACCGCCUCUCGCAGCCGCGGGAGGCCGAGGAGCUGCGGUGGGAGCGGGAGGUCGCGCCGCCGCAGCUCGCGUCGCCGCAGUCGAGAAAGCUGGACGGCGCGGCGGGGAGGAGCCUGUGGCUGCCGGCGCCGUCGCGGCGGUUCGUGCCCUGCGUGGCGCCGUCGCCGGAGUUCGAAAGCCCGGUGGCGUCGAGGGGGUACCUGCUCGUACACACCAAUGGUGGCCUCAACCAGAUGCGCGCUGGGAUCAGUGAUAUGGUGGCAGUUGCGCGCAUACUUAAUGCUACACUCAUCAUUCCAGAGCUUGAUAAGAAAUCAUUUUGGCAUGACAGAAGGUAUGUCAUAUGUAGGGUUUAUCUUCAGCCUCUGAAUAAUUUAUCUGAGACUAACAGCCUAUUUUUCGAUAUCAGCAACUUUUCAGAUGUCUUUGAUGAAGAACACUUCAUAAAUUCUUUAGCAAAUGAUGUGAAAGUUGAGAAGAAAUUGCCUAAGGAGUUGGUGAAAGCUCCAAAGUCUGUUAGGUACUUCAAGAGUUGGUCUGGAGUAGAUUAUUACCAGGAUGAAAUUUCUCCACUGUGGGAUCAUCGCCAGGUCAUUCGAGCUGCUAAGUCAGAUUCUCGCCUCACAAACAACUACCUUCCUACUGACAUUCAAAAGCUUCGCUGUCGGGCCUUUUUCCAUGCACUUAGAUUUGCUCCCCCAAUUGAAGCUUUAGGCAAGCUAUUGGUGGAGAGGAUGAGAUCAUUUGGACCAUAUAUUGCUUUGCAUCUACGCUAUGAGAAGGAUAUGCUUGCUUUUAGUGGGUGCACAUAUGGUCUAUCUCAAACAGAAUCAGAAGAACUUGCAAUGAUCAGAGAAAACACAACCUACUGGAAGGUGAAAGACAUUGAUCCAUUAGAACAAAGAUCCCAUGGCUAUUGCCCCUUGACACCAAAGGAGGUUGGCAUGUUUCUUUCUGCCCUUAGAUAUCCAUCAAGCACCCCAGUGUACAUAGCCGCAGGGGAAAUAUAUGGAGGUGAAUCUCAUAUGGUUGAUUUGCAAUCACGCUUCCCGAUUCUCAUGAACAAGGAGAAACUUGCCUCAGCCGAGGAGCUACGUCCUUUUCGCCAAUAUGCAGCUCAAAUGGCAGCUCUGGAUUACAUUGUUUCGGUGGAGAGCGAUGUCUUUAUUCCAUCCUAUUCAGGGAACAUGGCACGGGCUGUUGCAGGUCAUCGCCGUUUUCUUGGUCAUCGGAAGACAAUAAGUCCCGACAGGAAAGCAUUAGUUCGAUUGUUUGACAAAGUUGACAGUGGUUUACUGAAGGAAGGCAAGAAGCUAUCCGAAAGGAUACUAGACAUGCAUCGGAAAAGACAAGGCUCUCCACGGAAACGAAAAGGUCCAGUCUCGGGAACAAAGGGCAAAGACAGGUUUCGGUCAGAAGAGGCGUUUUAUGAGAAUCCUCUUCCCGACUGCCUGUGUCAACCAGGGUCUCCAGACAGCGAUGAUUCUCUUGUCAGCAUCUAAGCCAUGGAGCCGAUCGUCCUUGCUGAUCCCGGUAGCCACUCCCGUGUAAAUAGAGCAAUUCAGAAACACAGAGGAAGAUGCACACUAAUAAUUCCACCGAGCACGGUGCACACUGACCAGAGCUUCCGUGUCCCUAACUUGAUGCGCCAACUAUUUGUUGGCGCACUGUCGUCCAGCUGUGGCUGAAGUUCUGGCAUGGUUGGGCUUGUUCAGAAGUCGACAGCUGGAGGUGGAAGCAGCUGUCCAAGGCCACAUAUGUAGCCAAAUUGCUUUAUAGGACUAUAGAUAAGUUUUGUGAAUCUUUAGAUAGGGAUAAUUAACUCAACUUCUUGUAAGUAGAUGGUAAUGAACAGAGGAAUAUAGAAUUACUGGAGCAGCUUGACAUCAACAUUCACUCAGAUAAAGUUUCAUCUUUCA